AUGGAUGCGCCAAUGCCUACUGCGAGGACUGUGCAGCUCGCAGCAUCAAUUCUGCAGCACACCACCGAGAUUGAAACAUACCUGGCGCAGAACAAUCUGCCCAAUGUGUCAUUUGCUCCAGGAACUCCACCGAAGCUGCCUCUUCCUCCAGGGCUCCAGAACUCUCUUGAUGCUGCAUUGUCGGCUGUAGACGAAUUACAGGCGCUCUUGCUAGGGCCGCUGGGGUGGCUAGUCAGCCAGGUUGGCCAUGCCUAUGACAUGGUGAGCCUGCACGCCUUGUACAAAUACAAGGUGCCAGAAAUCAUUCCAUUAGACGGAGAAAUCCCUAUCAGUGAGAUUGCACAACGAUGCAACGCACGUGAAGACUCCAUGACCCGCCUGUUAGAGCACGCCGUGGCCAACUACGUCCUCGCCCGGCCACGACCAGGCCAUGUUGCGCACACGGCCCUGUCAGCCAUGCUAGCCACUUCACCGCCCCUGAUGGACUGGGUUGGCAGCGCAUGCGAGGACAUGUGGCCGGCUGCACCGCACGUGGUGACGGCGCUGAAGAAGUGGCCAGUUGAGACGGUGUUGCCGCACCAGACCGGGCACAAUCUCGCGGAGCGUACGGAUGAGCCCUUCUUCACGACAAUGGGAAACGAUACUGAGCGAGCCGGCCGCUUCGCAAGGGCAAUGGGCUUUAUGCAGAACAUGCCGGGCUUCCAACCCGCAGCCGCCCUGGACGCGUAUGAUUGGGGGGCCGUCGCCUCGGCUUCGGACAACGCGGUGGUUGUAGACGUCGGUGGCUCGCGUGGGGACUUCGCUUUUGCGCUGACAGAGAAACAUCCUUCCUUGCACGUCGUUGUCCAGGACAUGCCGGAUGUCGUCGAGCAGGGUCGUACGAUCCUCUCCAAGCGUGACAUAUCCUCCGAUGUGACCUUUCAAGCUCACGACUUCUUCGACGCGCAGCCGGAUAUAGCAAUGAUGGCUAUGUUCAACAGCAAAGAACGGUCAGAGCUGGAGUGGAGAAGCCUGGUAAAAGAAGCAGAUUCUAGAUUCCACUUUACAUCCAUCAAGCGGCUGGUGCCAUCUCCAUUGGCAGUGAUGGAAAUCAUCUGGGUCCCUUGA